GUUACUUUGUGCCAACGAGAGCACUUCAGCGUCAAUGAUUUCAACCCUUGUUGGGCACCGUGCAAAUGUGAAUGCGCGUGACAAGCGAGGGAGGUCUCCAUUGCUCAGCCUUUGCGCCAACGAGAAGGUUUCGUCUGAGAUGAUAACAGUGCUGCUUGACUGCCGUGCUGAUGUAAACAAGCAAUCAAAUCAACAUGUUUCCGCUCUGCAUGAGCUGUGCGCAAACUGGUCACUGCCAUCGGCAUGCGCCCUCCUGCGGGCACGCGCAGACGUCAAUGCCGUGAGCAAGCUGGGCACAACGCCUCUCCAUGAACUUUGUGCAAACAUCGGCGACUACCAGUGCCGGGAUGGUGUUCCACACAUGCAGCAGCUCUUGGAGGCCAAAGCCAGCGUGGACAAACUUGACGACGAUGUAAGGCGUCCUUGCGAGGUCCUCUGCUUCAAUUUCUUCAAGAGCUGUGAUGGCUCUGCCGGCCCACUUUGCCCAGAAGUCCUCGACUCUGCUCUAUCUCCCCUCCUCCUGCAGGAGGUGUCUGAGCUUAACGUGUCUACAUUUCAAAGCAAAAUUGAAUGGUUCAGAGGCAUCUUGGACAUGCUUUUGGUUUCAUCUCUUCCGGCCUACCCGGAAUUCGACAUGCCACCAUUGGAGGUCCACCGGGAUCACGUGCUCCAAUCCAUGUGCCCGCAGAUUGACCACUUGACGCCCCACCUUGAAGAAAUUGACUUUGACUUUGAGACUGGCCAAGGGUCUGGUCUCACAAGGGAGCUCUUUGUGGUUUUCUCGGGAGAGAUGGCAAAUGAGAAUUACAACCUCUUCGUCUCCACUGGGACCGACCCCCCAAGGCUGGCGCUGUCUCCACGGCCAUGUGUCAACGAGUACCGGGACUGCUACCUGCAGCUUGUUGGCAAGGUCAUUGGAUUUGCUUUAUUGAAGGAGCAACAUCUGCCUGUGCACUUGACGAAGCCUUUGCUGAAAGAGCUACUUGACCUAGACUUCUCCUUCGAGGACCUUGCGGACUUUGACCCUGACCUCUACAAGCGGCUUGUGCAGCUGCGCGCUUGCGACGAGGACACUGUCCGCCAGCUUGGCCUGAACUUCUCCCUGGAUGAUGCUUACUUCGGCAAGAGAAGGAAGGUGAGCUUAGUUCUAGGUGGAGAAGACAUCUCUGUCACCAAAGGCAACUUGGAGGUGUACCUCCGGCUGUAUGCGCAGCAUCGAUUGAAGUCAGACGCAAAGGCGCUUAUGAACCUGAAGCGCGGGUUUCAUUACUUUUGCCCACCGUCUCUCAUAAAAGCUGCGCGGAAGCUUCUGACAGUUGAGGACUUCGAUCAGCUUCUGUCAGGGGUUGGCGAGAUCGAUGUUGAGGAUUGGCAGAGAAACACGCGGUACGACAGCAAAGGCACUCCACGAACAAAAGUGGUGAAAUGGUUCUGGGAGGCCGUGAGAUCAAUGUCGUGCGAGCAGAGGAGGCAGCUGCUGCGGUUUGCGACGGGAAGAACCAGUGCUCCGAUUGGUGGCUUCAAGCUGAUGAAGUCAGAGGAUGAGCACAUUCCCUUCACAAUUGCCCUGAAGGAGCAGCCGGAAGUCGCCAAAGUCAGGAGUUUCUACCCAACAGCCGCAACAUGUUCCAACCUCUUGCAGUUGCCUCGCUACAACAGCAGGGCGGACUUAGACAAGUAUUUAGUUGCUGCCAUCGAAGAACAGAUGAUGGCCUUUGCAGAAGCAUAG